UUGAAAUUUAAAAUUAGGAAAUUACAUGCUUGUCACCCGGCUUUCUCAGACGAAAUGACGAAUAUUUGAACAUAAAAUGAACAUAUAUGAUCGAGAGUGUACAGACAGAUCUUAAAAAAAAAAACUCUCCGCUUUCUUUCGGACAGGAACCAAUUUUGGAGAUUUCUCCCCAUAACCAACACGACCAUCUUUCCUCCAUUGCUAGGGUUCACCCCCUUCUCAAGCCAUGCAUCUUCUCUCUAAAAUGUGAAUCUCACAUUGAGAUGAUGUGGCAAUGGAAUGCGCACAACUCUAAUCCAAUCAUCUAACGAAGGCUUGGUUCUAUGCUUUAUCAUUAAAUUGUAUUGGACAUAGUUUCCUGGUUUUGUUGAAUUGUCAAUUGCGGAUUUUAAGAAGCUGGAAAUGAGUGUUGUUGGGUUUGAUGUUGGAAAUGAGAAUUGCGUCAUAGCAGUCGUGAGGCAACGUGGAAUUGAUGUGAUAUUAAAUGAUGAGUCAAAACGAGAAACUCCUUCUGUGGUAUCGUUUGGUGAGAAACAGCGGUUUUUGGGCUCUGCUGGGGCUGCAUCUGCUACAAUGAACCCCAAAUCGACAAUCUCUCAGUUUAAGAGGUUAAUAGGCAAGAAGUAUAUGGAGCCCUCAGUACAAAAUGAUCUGAAAUUGUUUCCCUUUGAGACAUCUGAAGGGCAUGAUGGGGGUAUCUUGAUCCAUCUACAGUAUAUCCAUGAGAAACGCACUUUUAGCCCCAUUCAAGUCCUUGCAAUGUUAUUCGCACAUUUAAAACAAAUUGCUGAGAAGAAUAUGGAAACAAAUGUUUCUGAUUGUGUCAUUGGGGUGCCUUCUUACUUCACGGACUUGCAGAGACGAUGCUAUUUGCAGGCUGCGGAGAUAGGUGGUUUAAACCCACUCCGGUUGAUACAUGAUUGCACUGCUACAGCACUAGGUUAUGGAAUUUACAAAACAGACCUUUUAGCCGGCAGUCCUACUAAUGUUGUGUUUGUUGAUAUUGGCCAUUGUGAUACUCAAGUCGCCGUGGCUUCUUUUGAUCAAGGACAUAUGAAGAUACUUUCUCAUGCUUUUGAUAUUGAGCUAGGGGGGAGGGAUUUCGAUGAGGUUCUGUUCAGACAUUUUGCUAGAAACUUCAAGGAACAAUACAAUAUUGAUGUCUACUCAAAUGCUCGUGCUUCUGUUAGGCUGAGGUCAGCAUGCGAGAAAUUGAAGAAAGUUUUGAGUGCAAAUGCAGAGGCACAACUCAAUAUUGAAUGCUUGAUGGAUGAGAAAGAUGUGACAGGUUACAUCCGGAGAGAGGAAUUUGAGAAGCUAUCAUCACAAUUGCUGGAGAGGAUUUCCAUUCCUUGUCAUCAGGCUUUAAUGGACUGUGGGUUGCAUUUUGAUAAUAUUCACCAUAUUGAACUUGUGGGGUCAGGGUCUCGAAUACCAGCCAUUGCUAAAGCUUUAAGUUACUUCUUCAGGAAAGAACCUAGUCGCACUUUGAAUGCUAGUGAGUGUGUUGCACGUGGGUGUGCUCUUCAGUCUGCAAUGCUUAGCCCAAUAUUUCGUGUUAGGGAGUAUGAGGUGCAGGAUCGUCAUCCCUUUUCCAUAGGGUUUUCAUCAGAUGGAGUUCAGAUUUGCUUACCAUCGACUGGUACAUUGUUUCCCAAAGGCCAUCUUGUUCCAAGUGUGAAGAUGCUUACGUUGCAUCGGGGCAAAUCAUUCCACAUGGAAGCCUUUUAUGCAAACCAAAAUGAGCUUCCCCCUGGUGUAUCUACUAAAAUAUGCUCUUUUGCGAUUGGUCCUUUCCAAGUUUCUCAUUCACAAAAAGCAAAGGUUAAAGUCAGAGUUCAGCUGAAUGUACAUGGGCUGGUUAAAAUUGAUUCAGCAUCACUCGUGGAGGAUCAGGUGACUGAAUUAGCCCCAGAUGAUGCUUUUUCAGACAACAGUGAGGGUGAUGAAUUAAAAAAAGUCAAGUCUAUCAAGAGGCAAGAUAUACCCGUUACAGAACAUGUAGAUGGUGCAAUGACCCAAGCUGAGCUUUCCAGAGCUCAAGAUGAAGAAUUUGAAUUAGCAGAGCAUGACAAGAAGGUAGAGCGGACUAAAGAUAAGAAAAACACUUUGGAGGCUUAUGUCUAUGACACCCGUACUAAGCUUCUGAAUACAUAUAGGAGCUUUGCCACUGAUUCAGAAAGAGAGGAUAUAUGUAGUAAUUUGCAGCAGACUGAAGAAUGGCUCUAUGAGGACGGAGAUGACGAGUCUGAACAAAUCUAUGCUCAGAAGCUAAUGAGUCUUAAAAAGAUCAUAGACCCAGUUGAGCACAGAUACAUGGAUGAAGAGGCACGGGCACAGGAAACACGAAAUCUACUGAAUUGCAUAGUGGAUUAUCGAACUGCUGCAGAGUCUCUACCACCCAGUGAGAAAAAUGCCGUCUUCAGCGAGUGCAGUAAAGCAGAGCAUUGGCUUAGAGAUAAAUCCCAACAACAGGAUGCAUUGCCCAAAAAUGCUAAUCCAGUACUUUGCUCAAGCGAAAUCAAGCAAAAAGCCGAUAUUCUCCAUGCGAUGUGCAAGCAUAUGAUGAGAUCCAAAUCAUCACCAUCAUAUGGUGACACAGACAGAGAUUCACGCUGAACAAGUAAAAGGAAUGGAUGAUAUGGACAAAAGAUUGAUUGAUGUGGGUUCUAUAUGCAAAGUUUCCCCACGUGAAAGAGUGGGUUGGGACUUGGGACCUAGCCCUAACUGUUCGUUCACUUUCUGGUUGUUUUGACUUUCCGCAAGUGGACUCUCUACCAGAUGUCAUUUGUGCAAGAAUCUUGGGCUUUUUGCAAACAGUUUGCCCACAUGCUCUUGAGAUUUUUUUGUGGAAAUUUCAUUAUUCACGCAGCUUCAGCCUUCAGUGUUCGGUGUUCCGGAUGUUCAUCAAUCUUUAAUUGAAAAGCUUACAUUUGUUUUACCUGCAUCAGUUACAUGUGAUUUGUGUCGAUUUUGUGCAUCACAUGUUGGUUGUGUACUUGUGUUCUUUGUUAGUUUAUUCGCGUAUAAUUUACGAAUAAUACACUUAUACACUCAAACUUAUAAUUCACGUAUAAUACUCCUGUUUUUGAAUUUUUCAGAAAUUUAAGAAAAAUUCA